AUGGUGAGAUUAACGCAUAACCUCAGCAAUGAUAAUGUCCAACUGCUAAAUGCUCAUUUAAAUGAGGGAGUAGUCUGUGACCGAUUAAAAAAUGAAAUUAACAAAACACCUGGUCUCGACGGAAUUCACCAAAGGUUUCUUAUGGAGCUACACUCUGAACUAGAAAGACCCCUGUAUUUGAUUUUCAAUGACUCACUUACAACAGGCAUGGUUUCCAAAGACUGGCGCACAGCGGAAGUAGUACUGAUACUUAAAAAGGGAACUUGUACAGCAAGAGAACAAUUUAUAAGCGUGGAAGAAAAUAAUCCCAUCGGUUACAAGGUGACAGAAUUAAUUGUUGCACCAGACCAUACUGUGGACGUGGAAUCAGACUAUUUUGCAGUUGAUGGAUUUGAUUUGAUAUUAACUGUAUCUGUGGACUAUGAGGUACCUUCACAAACGGUAUUUGUAACUAUUAUUAAUUCAAAUGACAAUGAACCAAUCUUCCCGAAAACAAGCUAUGAGUUCACUAUAUCGGAGCAUUACUUUGAAAUUAAAUAUCCCUUCUUUCCUAAGGAUCUACCAGUGGGAAGUUCUAUUGCUGUGAUUACAGCUACUGAUGCUGAUAAGGACAUCCUCUACUAUGAACUGAGCGGUAAUGAUACUAAUGCUGCUGCUUACUUUCGUCUCUCCUCUAAUACUGAUCCAGUUAUAUUGGUGAACAAGGCUCUGGAUUAUGAUCAGUACCCUAUCGUAAACAUGCACCUAACAGUGCGGGAUACUGCGAAUGCUGGAGAUUCUCCCAGCCACACAGCUACAGCCGCCAUAACAGUUGUGAUCAAUGAUGUAGAUGAUAAACUGCCCUUCUUUCAACCCUGCAUACCGACUCAACCAAAAAUCUGCAUAAGCACUGGCUAUAGAAGCAGUGUCAACCGAACUGAACAAGCAACAGAGCCUUUAGAUUUACUGCCUUCCCCUUUAUAUGCUGUGGAUGGAGAUUACGGAAUCAAUAUCCCUAUUAACUACUCCCUUGUUAGUGGGUACAUAGUCUCCACAGGGAACAUCGGGGAUGUCCUACAGCAGUUAUUUAACGGAGGGUAUGCUCCUGAGCAGAGAGAAGAAGCCAAGGCCAUAGCUGGUCUAGUGACUGCUCCUGAAAAAGACUCUAUAGAUUUAAGCCAAGUUUCCACUUUCCUAUCUGUGGCAUCUUUCAAUGAUGACGCUGAUGGCCGCUUCUUCCAAGGAGUAUCUGCAUUAUAUAGUAACCCCAGGGCAGCUGUACUUGCCAAUGGAGUGAUGUCUCUGUCUUUCCAAAUUGCUAAUGGCAUGCGACAGGGUUGUCCGCUCUCCCCUUUAAUAUUCGCCCUCUCUAUAGAACCCCUCGCUGCACGGAUCCGUGCCAACCCAUAUAUUAAAGGAGUAAAGAUCCGACACUUCCACUCCACGCUUCUUACACAACUUAAUCACAGAUCGCUGACCACCUUAGAAGAUCUUGCAAUGCGUAAGGACUCGACUAGAGGACUUAUUUCCACUAUCCAUAGAUCACUGGUGCCCCCCUCACAAUCAGAUAAGGAACCUCAUGAAAGGGCAUGGGAAUUAGACUUUGGGGAAAUGUUAGAUUGUGAUGAAUGGUCUGAUAUCUACUCUAGCCUAGUGUCUAGCUCCAUUUGUGUUCGAGCAAAGGAAAAUGCGUAUAAGCUCUUUUACAGAUGGUAUUACAUUCCCACUCGACUUGCUAAAAUGUACCCAGAGUUAUCGCCGUUAUGUUGGAGAUGUGUUGAAACAACGAUGGAUGACAUUAUUGUCUGGGGAUCUACAAAGGAAGAACAUGAUUCUAGGUUGAGACAAGUAAUAGAACUUGUCAAGAAAUUGAAUAUACAUUCUAAAAACUGCUGUAUCUCUUGUCCUAAAGGAGACAGUCAGGAUGUGUUUGCUGUGCAAGAUAAUGGAAACAUAACAAUGAACAAGGCUAUAGAUACACUAGGAACAAUACUACUACAAGUAAUGGCUUACCAAACUGAUAAUAUCUUGAGAUAUUCCAUAACCACAGUGCAGAUUGAAGUCAAAGAGAAGAACAUUUUCCCACCAACAUUUGAACAUCCCAUUUACCAUGGCAAUGUUGCUUCAGAUUCUGCAAUCAAAAGCUUUGUCGCAGAUUCCAGUGACCAGAGUGGACCUCUUCAAGUGUUUGCUGCAGAUAGAGAUUACCUAGAUUUGAUAAAUCCAGCCAUCAUGUAUAAGAUAGAAAACAGCACUGAUUUCAGUAUUCUCCGUGAUGGAUAUAUUUUGACUAACACCCUGUUCACCUCCUCAGGCAACAUUACAUUACAGGUGACAGCAACUGACAGUGCAACCGCUGAAACUGAUUCAACCAUUGUCAUAGUGGAGAUCACAGCAACUACCACGACUGCUCCUACUACUACUAGUACAACUACUAGAGCUGGGACCACAACAAGAAACAUCUCAUGGACAGGGUCUCCGACAAGCACUGGGCCUACAGCAAAUGCCACCCCAUUGAGUACCACCACUAGAACUGGCCCCACUACAACUACAACUCCUAAUACUCAGACAACAACAAGUACCACCACUGGGACAGGCACCACUACAAGCACAACACCUAGAACUGGCAGCAGCACAACCAGAAAUCCAGGGGCAGAUAUUACCACAACAACAAGUACCUCUGGGAGAGGGACUGCCACAGGCACAACCACUGCAGUCACAGGUACCACUAAGAGUAAUAUUCCUGGAACAAUGACCACAGCACAUAAUCCUCCAAGUAUAAACACCAAUACAUAUUCAACUAUCCGUACAAGUCCAACGCUAGGCACAGGCAUAACCAAUCACGUUACUCCCGAAAAAAACACCACACUGAGUAACACAAUUGCUACAAAUAAUCCCCAUACAACUGCUCCUGGGGUAGGUGGUAUCUCAACUGGGGCAAGUACCAGCUACAGUGGCAGUACUUUAAAAUGCUCUACCACGACUGCUCCUACUACCAGUAGUAAAACUACUAGAGCUGGGACCACAACAGGAAAAAUCUCAUGGACAGGGUCUCCGACAAGCACAACAUCUAGAACUGGGCCUACAGCAAAUGCCACCCCAUUGAGUACCACCAGUAGAACAGGCCCCACUACAACUACAUCUCAUAAUAUUCAGACAACAACAAGUACCACCACUGGGACAGGCACCACUACAAGCACAACACCUAGAACUGGGCCUACAGAAAAUGCCACCCCAUUGAGUACCACCACUAGAACAGGCCCCACUACAACUACAACUCCUAAUACUCAGACAACAACAAGUACCACCACUGGGACAGGCACCACUACAAGCACAACACCUAGAACUGGCAGCAGCACAACCAGAAAUCCAGGGGCAGAUAUUACCACAACAACAAGUACCUCUGGGAGAGGGACUGCCACAGGCACAACCACUGCAGUCACAGGUACCACUAAGAGUAAUAUUCCUGGAACAAUGACCACAGCACAUAAUCCUCCAGGUAUAAACACCAAUACAUAUUCAACUAUCCGUACAAGUCCAACGCUAGGCACAGGCAUAACCAAUCACGUUACUCCCGAAAAAACCACAACACUGAGUAACACAAUUGCUACAAAUAAUCCCCAUACAACUGCUCCUGGGGUAGGUGGUAUCUCAACUGGAGCAAGUACCAGCCACAGUGCCAAUACCAAUGGUGCUCUGCAGGCAGACAUUUAUUAUACCGUCAACGACAUGGCAGCACUUGGGGCUUCGCUGGGAGUUAUUCUUGUUCUAUGUUUCAUUGGAUUGGGCUUUCUCAUUAACAAGCACUAUGGAAACAGCAUAAGGAUAAGACUGAGGAGAAAUGAUGGAGAUAAUUUUGGAGACUCAAAUGACAGUACUGGAUUCAUAAAUGAGGGCGAUAGCUCAAAUACACCAAUCCCCACAAAUCUGGAUUAUGACUUUGGUGGUAUCAACGAAAAAGAGCCAAUUUCAUCUAAUAUGUUCCUGGACACUGCUGCUGUAAUCCCAGUUCUUUCAAAUAAUACAGCUAAUAGUCCACCUACUGGGACAGAAGAAAAUGAGUCUGAUUCAGACAGCACAAGAGUGAAGCCAAUCCUAACUAAGGAGUUUAAGGAAGACGUUGGCUACAAGUCAGUGUGGUUUAGGGAGGACGCAGCCCCCGAAGUGGUUGUGAUUGAGAGAGCUGAGGAAGGGGAGGAAGAAGAAGAUGAUGAAGAAUUUAAUAAUCAGCAAGCAAAUGAUGAUAAUGAUGAAGAAGAAGAUGAUCAGGAACUGGUUCCAUCAUUCAAUUUUAUGACAAAUGACUCAGUCAGUUUCAGUGUAUUGUAACACUCUGUUUUAACAUUUAUAGCACUUAGGACCGGAUUCAGAAAUGGAGGCAGAUCGUUGCAUGCUCAGCCAGAUCUACGUCCAUCUCCUCACAUGCUGAUGGCUGACCAGCACAGGGCAAGGCCACCCAGGAUGUGUGAUGGGCCGCCUUCCAAUGCAUCCGCAACUAGAGGCCAGGUGGUUGGACGCUUUAAAAAAAAUUGGAGCAACUGCAUGCUGCUGCUCCAAAAACGGUCACGGCACCUCCCCGCUUGGCCUCUGCUGCCCCCCCCCCCCAAUGCUUCUCUAUCCCAGGAACGCCCGCCGCUGUCAAUCACACUGCAGCCUCAUCCUUCCUGGAUGCAGCCAUAAUGUGUAAGGUUGUGCACGUGCAAUGCAGCCAGUGCAUGUGCGCAGACCACCUGACCGCAGCUGCUGUGUACAGGCGCUGCGUUCGGGUCUGAAUGACCCCUUAGUUGACUAUUAACCUGGCCACAUCUUCAAAUAUUCUGUCAUUGUUGUCAAGUAUUAUUAAAUGGACUGGCAAAUAAUUCAGGACAUUAGUUUGGAUACCAAUUAUUACUUACUGUAGGUGACUAAAUAUUCUGUGAAUUUAUUCCUACCUAUAAAUUCACAGGGAUGUGGCUAGCUAUUUUACUGCCAGUGACAGCAACAGCACCCAUCUCAUCUCAUCUCUCAUGUAUAUUGAAUAUUUAUGCAUUAUUCUAAACAUCUGUAUUUGUGUACUGCAUACCUUAAAAAAGAAUAUUAGUACAUUUAAAAAAAAUCAUAUCGUCAAAGAAAUUAACAAAAAACAAACACAAAGGUUACAUAUUG